GGGAGUACACUGGACUAUCUGGUCGUAGAGUCGGGCCAAUCCGCGGCUUGGGAUCACUUGUCUCAUGAUAACAUGACACAUGGAAGAUCCACCUGUCUAUUCUCACCAGUCGUCUGAGAGCGCAUGUUGGAGAAGAUGUGGAACUUUUGUAUUGUCACUGUUUUAGCGUUGAUGUUUUCCCUGUGUGACAGUAGACUAGAGAGUGGGCUGUUACUGCGGUACAAGGACGGAGGCCGCACUGCCCGGCUGUACUCGGACGGGAACAGCGUAGUGUAUGCCUUCUUUUCACAGGCCGGUCAUCUUCUUGACUGCGAUAUGAGGUCACUCAAUGGCUCCAUGAUUCUUUUCCAAGAGGCUUUGAGCAACCGCCCGGAAUCUCAUCAACUUGUCACAUUUGACCUGCGUCGACUGGCAAGACAAUGUCGUCGAUAUAUGCGGAAAAUGCUGCGGCUUAGCGACAUGGACAACAUGGAACAUGUCCGCAUCACCAAACAGAGAAUCAAGCUUCACAUGGGAUACCCUGGCACACAGUCGUGUAUGACCACCAACACACAAACCAACAGGACAACGAGCAGGGCUGCCAGGACUGCCGACAAAUGCUGCAAGGCACUCCAUAGUUGCAAGGAUGUCAUGCCAGGUACACUGCGCGGGAAACUAUUUGGGGAAGUAACUGGACAUCUAGUGGAAUCAGCACCAUAUUCUAAACUUCCGGGAUUUAUUUAGAGACGUUCAACUUCUACCCGUGGCCGGUGUACGGAUGCUCCUGUACAGAGGCUUUCCAUAGUUGUUUGAGGAAGGCCAAAACUCCAAUUGCUCGUGAAGUGGGCAAUCUUUACUUCAAUGUGUUUGGAGCACGCUGUUUCCGCGUGGAGGAGAAACGUGAAUGUGAGACCUGGGAUGCGUGGUACACAAAAUGUACACACUACCACAAUACACGACAUACACAUUUGCAAUCUUCCAAGUUAUUUGAGGACAGUUAAAUACAUGCACAAUCUUAAUUGGAAUUAACGUGAAGUAUCCUUUUUAACAUGUGUGAUACAUUUUAUCAGUGGAACAGUCAUCAUGACACUGAAUGACACAAACAGAUGAAUAAAUGUUUUCCAAAAGUGGA